GAAGUCCGAGUGGCGGCCGCGCGAGCAGUAGCCCAGCUACGCGUGGGAGCUUGUCCAUCGUGUCCCCGAGUGGUUGGGGUGGGAGCAGGAGUGGAGACAGGGAAGAUCUCCAAGAGUCGUGACUCUGCAGAAUAGUUUCUGUUGCUGCCCCAGUGUGCUGGGAAAGGUGAAGGUGUGUCCUGGGGCGCAGGAGACCAGGCUGGUGGAGUGUGAUUGCUUUGAGCUCCUGGAUGAUAGCAGUGGAAUGAGCAUGGAAGGAAGUUGGGGAUGAAAGGUCUCAGUUACAGUAAAAUGGGGAAAGGAGAAAUUUGAAGGUGUAGAAUUGAAUACUGAUGAACCUCCAAUGGUGUUCAAGGCCCAGCUUUUUGCACUGACUGGAGUCCAGCCAGCCAGACAAAAAGUUAUGGUGAAAGGAGGGACACUGAAGGAUGAUGACUGGGGAAACAUCAAAAUGAAAAAUGGAAUGACUGUACUAAUGAUGGGGUCAGCAGAUGCUCUUCCAGAAGAACCCUCAGCUAAAACUGUCUUCGUAGAAGACAUGACAGAAGAACAGUUAGCAACUGCUAUGGAGUUACCAUGUGGAUUGACAAACCUUGGUAACACUUGUUACAUGAAUGCUACAGUUCAGUGUAUUCGUUCUGUGCCUGAACUCAAAGAUGCCCUUAAAAGGUAUGCAGGUGCCUUGAGAGCUUCAGGGGAAAUGGCUUCAGCACAGUAUAUUACUGCAGCCCUUAGAGAUUUGUUUGAUUCCAUGGAUAAAACUUCUUCUAGUAUACCACCUAUUAUUCUCCUGCAGUUCUUGCACAUGGCUUUCCCACAGUUUGCGGAGAAGGGUGAACAAGGACAGUAUCUUCAGCAGGAUGCUAACGAGUGCUGGAUACAAAUGAUGCGAGUACUGCAGCAGAAACUAGAAGCCAUAGAGGAUGAUUCUGGUAAAGAGACAGAUUCUUCUGCAUCAGCAGUGACACCUUCUAAAAAGAAAAGCUUAAUUGAUCAGUUUUUUGGUGUUGAGUUUGAAACUACCAUGAAAUGUACAGAAUCUGAAGAAGAAGAGGUCACCAAAGGAAAGGAAAAUCAACUUCAACUUAGUUGUUUCAUCAACCAGGAAGUUAAAUAUCUUUUCACAGGGCUUAAAUUGCGACUUCAGGAAGAAAUUACUAAACAAUCUCCAACACUGCAGAGAAAUGCUUUGUACAUCAAAUCUUCUAAGAUCAGCCGGCUGCCUGCUUACUUAACUAUCCAGAUGGUUCGAUUUUUUUAUAAAGAGAAAGAAUCUGUGAACGCCAAAGUUCUUAAGGAUGUUAAAUUUCCUCUUAUGUUAGAUGUGUAUGAACUCUGCACACCAGAACUUCAAGAGAAAAUGGUCUCUUUUCGGUCAAAAUUCAAGGAUCUAGAAGAUAAAAAAGUGAAUCAGCAACCAAAUGCAAAUGACAAGAAGAAUAGUCCCCCAAAAGAGGUUAAGUAUGAACCCUUUUCGUUUGCUGAUGAUAUUGGCUCCAAUAAUUGUGGAUACUAUGACUUACAAGCAGUUCUAACUCACCAGGGAAGAUCUAGUUCUUCAGGUCAUUAUGUAUCAUGGGUGAAAAGGAAACAAGAUGAAUGGAUCAAGUUUGACGAUGAUAAGGUCAGCAUUGUAACACCAGAAGAUAUCCUGCGGCUGUCUGGUGGUGGAGACUGGCACAUUGCUUAUGUUCUACUUUAUGGGCCUCGAAGAGUUGAAAUAAUGGAAGAAGAAAGUGAACAGUAAUCUUCAGUUUAGCUAUUUAUGCCUAGGUGUGAAAUGAAAAAAAAAUUUUUUUUUGUUUAUCAUUUCUAUAGUCUUGAGCUCUAAAGGGAACAAAGGAGAACAGAACCAGGCCACUUGUACAUCUUCAACCUUAGGACUACAGAAAAUUACAUUUGGGUGCUACCGUGUAUAAAGGUAGCUGGAAGACAUUCUGUAAAAGCUUAUUUCUUGCAUUAAUUCUUACAAAUUCUUAGCUGAAGUCCAUUUUUCCCCCUUGCCCUUCCAGCUCAAGAUUUAGUAAUGAUGUUUAUUGCACACCUAUUUGUUGUUCUUGCAUGGUUAGUAUCACCGUUCAGUAGCUGCCCAUCCUUUGCCUUAUCUAACCAAUAUUUUUCUAGGAAGGUGGAAAAGGAAGUGUUGCUCUCUCAUCGUGUAACUCAGUGCUGCUGUCCACAUCCCAUCAACUGGGUGCAAUCAAGUAUUUGUCCAGACUGACUGUUGCUGGCCUUUCAUGACUUUACAAUAAAUUGUGAUCAAUAAGAAUACAUUUGAUUAUACACUGAUUAUUGUGUCUCUAAUGUACUAUGGUUUAUAUAUUUAACUUUGCAUUGGUUUUGUGGUAAUCAUAUAUGUCAACAAGCUCUGGUUGCUUAUUUUUAGAAAAUGAGGAUAUUUAAUAAUAAAAAAAAGAAAAGAGGGAUUAACAACUUUUGACCUCCUGUCUUUAGUGUUAGUUUGGCUGAAGAGUCAGAUGAAUUCAAUACUAUACAAUUUCUGCAGAUUGUUAAUAAUCUUAAACUGUUAAGCAUCCAUUUAAAAUACAAGGUAUCAGCUUGGGCAAUGUUAUUUCAAAAGAAAUACAAAGUUGUAAAAGUGAUAGAUUUCUUUGGACACUGAAUUCUGUGAUCAGUUCCAUUCCCUUACUCAUUUGUUGUUUCUAUUUUCUUUCCCAAAGUCUGUAUGUCCAUCUCAAAAUUUAGUAUUAGUGAUUUUUAAAAUUAAGGUAUACAUUACCAAGAGUAUUUGAAUAAGAUCAGUUUAUUAAUCUAUUAGUCAGUUACUCAUAAAUCUUUAGAUGGGUCAGAAACCUUGAUUGUUAGGGAAAGGAUGAAGGAUUGGAUAUUACCUAAUUGGUCUGAUUUUGAGCUGGCUAUUGGUUAAUAAAGUUGGGGAAUAUCAUGACAUCUUAGACCAUAUGUUUUAAUGUUCUGUGAAGUAUGUUGCUACCUAAGAGUCGUAUAGAAUAAUAAAUCUGUUAACACUGUGGCAUAAGUCAGCAUUUCAGGGAUACUUCUGUAAGUUUGCUCUUUUAAACGAUAUUAGCAGUCAAGACUGUAAUGCUUUAUGCCAUGAUCCCUGGGAUGCAGUCCUUUAUUCACUCUCAUUUGCUAGAACAGUUGUAGAAGGAAUUAAUUUAGCACCUGAGUUUUCCUCCUAAACCAAGUGAAGUGGGUUUAAACAACUAUGUAAAAAACCAUGUUAAAAAUUUAAAAACUGUAUCAUUAUAAAAAGCUUGGUUAUAGUUUAUUUGCUCUAAAAAAGGUGUUCCAAAGUUAUUCCAUUAAGUAGAAAUUGGGUUUCUACCAGUGUUGUUUAAUAAGGAGGACUUAAGUUUUAGAAUGCAGCCUUGAAUGUAAGGGCAAUGAGGCGAAAACAAUCCCCUCCCUUCUAAUUCCUGAAUGUGCCUUUAUUUGCUUAAUGCACACAGAGGGCCUCUGGAGGCUAGAGCUGUGCAUGGUCAUUCCCUAGCUAGUGGAGUGAGGUCCAAACAAGAGCACUUACAGUGGUGUGUGCCCAGUAGCCCUUGGACAACGACCUGACCUUACCAUCCUAUAGAUGCUGUAUGGGUAGAUGACAGUCUUACCUUUAGCCAGUACUGCACAUGCUCUGCUACCCUUGGAUGUUUUCACAUACAUUUCAUUUGAAUUAAUUAACAGGAGUCCCUGGGUGUUGAAUGACUUAGGGGUCAAGUGAUUUUUUUGUAAAGUUAAUGGAGUAGUUGGGUCUUAGACUUCACCUCAUUUAAAGUGAGAGGCUGGCACACAUUGUCUGGGAUGGCCAAACAGUGCACAGUUUAGGCUCUGCAGGCUGCCGGUUGUCAGUCUGAACUCAUUGCUGCUGUAGUGAAAACACCUGAACCAACAGAUUAGUGUUUGCCGAGCUUUAUAGCUUGAGAGUGAGAACAGUCCUAAGGUUUCAGAAGUAUCCUGGGAUUUCAGAAUAAAUUUUACAGCAAACAGCAUGCAGGAAACUAAUUUGGGACAGGAAUGUAACAUACUCAAAUAGUGCUUAUUUAACUUCAUUAUAAAAAUACUUACAAAAUGUAGUCUGUGAUACUGAGGUCGCUUUACUUUGGCAUUUUCCCACCCCACCCUCCUAUACUCCAAACUAAGGUUUGAAGCAAUGCCUGUUCUGUGUUUCUUGAAGCAGUAGCCAACUGUACAACAGCUGUUAUAAAAGUGUUUAUUGUUUACCAAAACCAGUGGACCUCUUAUCAAAUGCUGCUUGGUAACAAAAUCUUAUCAGUUUAAUAAAAAAGAAAGGAAAGAAACCAA